CUCAUCUCUUUUUUAUUUUCCUUUACUUUAUCAUCUAACUACUGUUUCCAUUGAUCUGUUGAUUUCUCAUUAGGGCAACAAACUGAUGAGAGAGUUACAGUGACUUCUCCAACUAUGAUCGUCGUUAAAAAAGAGUGGUUAGACAAAGAAAAAAAAAUCUUGAAUCUUUAGUGUGUGAGAUUGAAGAUUAAAUUUUCAAGUGUCGGUAAUAAAGUUCGAUCAAUUUUAUGUGGUGGGGGUGUUUUAAUUUUGAAUUUGAGUGGUGGGUUUUCGUUAAAUUUUGAGAUGGGAAGGUGUUUACCCUGUUUUGGAUCGUCUGAUGAGAAGAACCAUCAUCAAAGUGGUGAGACUAAAAAGGAAUUUGUUAAAGAUGGUUCAACAACUGGACAAUCUAAUCAUAUUAAUAGAGUUAGUUCAGAGAAAAAGUCUCGGGGUGGUUCUGAUUCAAAGAAGGAAACACCGGUUCCCAAAGAUGGACCAAGUGCGCCUAUUGCUGCACAGACGUUUACUUUCAGAGAGCUUGCUGCGGCUACUAAGAAUUUCAGGCCAGAGAGUCUUUUGGGGGAAGGAGGAUUUGGACGUGUAUAUAAAGGUCGUUUGGAGAGCACUGGACAGGUAGUUGCAGUGAAACAGCUUGACAGGAACGGCCUGCAAGGAAAUAGAGAGUUUCUGGUCGAAGUUCUCAUGCUUAGCCUCUUACAUCAUACUAAUCUCGUGAAUUUGAUUGGUUAUUGUGCUGAUGGAGACCAACGCCUUCUUGUUUAUGAAUUCAUGCCGUUAGGUUCCCUGGAGGAUCAUUUGCAUGAUGUUCCGCCCAAUAAGGAGGCUCUAGACUGGAAUACAAGAAUGAAGAUUGCAGCUGGUGCAGCUAAGGGCUUGGAAUACUUGCAUGACAAAGCAAAUCCUCCUGUAAUUUACAGAGAUUUUAAAUCAUCCAAUAUCCUUCUUGAUGAAGGAUUUCACCCAAAGCUUUCAGAUUUCGGACUUGCUAAACUGGGUCCUGUUGGUGACAAAACUCAUGUGUCCACAAGAGUGAUGGGAACAUACGGUUAUUGUGCACCUGAAUAUGCUAUGACUGGUCAACUCACGCUAAAAUCUGAUGUCUACAGUUUUGGAGUAGUCUUCCUUGAGCUGAUCACAGGACGGAAGGCAAUUGACCAAACUCGCCUUCAGGGAGAGCAGAAUCUUGUUGCAUGGGCAAGACCUCUAUUUAAGGACCGUAGAAAGUUCCCCAAGAUGGCCGAUCCAUUAUUGCAAGGACGGUACCCAAUGCGAGGCCUUUACCAAGCUCUUGCAGUUGCGGCGAUGUGUUUGCAAGAACAAGCAACCACUCGCCCUCUCAUAGGAGAUGUGGUGACUGCACUCUCAUAUUUGGCUUCACAAACUUAUGAUCCAAAUGCUGUUCAGAAUAACAGAGGCGGUUCAUCUAGGGACAAAGAAGAUCGUAAAAGCCAUGCAGAUUUGUCUGAAAGCCAAAAAAACUCCCCCCGGUAUCAGGACUCCCCUGGUUCCAGACGCAGAGAUCCUGUUCAACAAGGGAUGAACUUUGGUCCAGAGGUUGGAAGAGGAGAAAGCGGUAGUUCUGGAAGGAAAUGGGGUUUAGAAGAAUUUGAUCGGCAAGAGUCUCAAAAAAACAGCCCAGCUCAUGGUGGGAAAACACCAAGGAGUUCAAGUCGUGGUCCUGAUAGAGAACGAGCAGUUCAGGAGGCUAAAGUAUGGGGUGAGAACUGGAGAGAAAGAAAACGAACCGAUCCUAAUGGUAGUUUUGAUAGAACAAAUGAGUAGCAGUGAGGGGGAUCCAUUGGCUGAAACUUGAUUUCGCAUAGCUUUUGAACGUUGAAGCAGGAAGAAAACGCUUAUCACCACUAUUUCCAUCAUCACUCGCUCCAUUGUGGUUUCAUAUCAACCAGAGAUAUAAGGGUUCUCAUCUUGAAUGUUUGGGUUCAGUUUUUCGUUACACAGAGGAAGCAAAUGGUUAAGAAGAAGAAUGGAUGUACAAGAGGUAGGAUUUUAGCUUUUGACACAAUGCAGGUAAACUAUGACAGAAAUGUUCCGUAUGCAACUCCUAUGAAGGUUUUCUCUCCGGAGUCAUGGCACAAUACAUGAAGCUCUCUCACAUGGAGGAGUUCCAUUCUGAGUCUAGGUAUUGUCUAAGAAGUUCUACUAAACUUAUAUCUUCAAACCCAUUUAAUUUCUUAUGUGUCUUGGAUUUUAGAAUGAGAAGAGUCUUUCUUUAUCUCUCGCUCUGCCUUUUAGUAUAAUCAUGCAUUGUUACUGCAUCGGACAUUCGAACACCUCAUCAGGAAAAAAGACAAAAGAAACAGAAACAAACUCUAUCAAAAAUUGAUAUCUUCUAGUUGUGUACAGGUUUUUAGCAAGAGUGUAUUGAUUGUUGUUGUUAUAAUAUAAUCAUGUAACUUAUGGACUGUCA